GCCCAUUUGUUUUGUCAAUUGAGUCUGUUCUCAAACUCUCAAACCAUUUAGUUGGUGAAGUUUGGAUCUUUGAUAUAGAGAGGAGUAAAGAGAAGAGGAAGAAGACGAAGAUGUCAUUGGUGUGGCUAGAAGCGGCUCUGCCUCUGGGAAUCAUCGGAGGGAUGCUCUGCAUCAUGGGCAAUUCUCAGUACUACAUCCACAAAGCUUACCAUGGCCGUCCGAAGCACAUCGGGCACGAUGAAUGGGAUGUUGCUAUGGAGAGACGCGACAAGAAAGUCGUCGAGAAAGCUGCUUCUCCUUCCUCAUGAUCCCUCAGGGGGCUUAAGGCGGUCACAAAUAAAGGAUACUCCAGAAGAGAAGAAGAAGAAGAAGAAGAAGAAGAAGAAGAAGAAGAAGCCGGAGAAUCUAAUUUUGUUAUUCCCGUUUUGAUUAUGUUUUCAAGAUUGAGACCUUGAUGACAUUUGGUUGAUAACUUGUUUCGAUUUGCUUGUAAUGCAUGUUGUUAAGCUGCAUUACAUUUGGUUUACAACUA